GGUCUGUUGAGGAUUAGACUCUGAUGUAUUAACUGAAGACCUGCAGACUUUUGGCUGUUCACCAGGUUACAUCACAAAGCAGAUGACUCUCUAAAAAAAUCAUUUGCUAGAAAACCUCUUGAUCAUUUUAAUCAUUUUUUAAAACCGCAUUGUUAUUUUGCCAAAGCAGUUUGCCUUGUUACCAUUUGUAAGACUGAUCACGUUCCAACAAUGGGCUAUAAAUUUUAUUUUCAGACUAUUUUGCAUGGAUUUAACACAAUUUUUCCUCUACCAUGGAGAGACAGUACCUCUUUGAACUUUGUGAAUGUAGGAAAUACCCGGGCCUCACGAAAAGAUGAAAAUGUGUGGAAAGGCUUCUAAAGAGCUUAGAGGGAACGUUACCUUUUUGUUGGCCGUCCCAAGAAACAAUUAUACCUCCGAGUCCUCCUCUCAACACUGAACGAUUCCAAGAACUCUCUUAUUGAGGGUUGAAGCGGGAUGGAGGCUCUUGACUUGAUGUUUGUGUCCUCAAUUCUUUCACAUCCCGAUCUGCCACUGUUUGGAAAGAAGAAAGUUAAAGGGGGAGUGCGUUUGUCACAGACCACAAUCUAAGCUUCUUAUUUCCCUCCUUAAAAACCUAGUUUAAACACCUCCACCCCACCUCUCCGUUUCCCGCCUGCCUUUCAGUACAUUGGACUUGCUGCGGAUUAACCUACUAGCUCAGACAGAUUGGAAAGACUUGCUGUUCACCACACUGUAAGUGUAUUUGUAGUACGUCUGUUAGAGAGAUUCUUCAACAAGAGCGUGUGCGUUUUCAAGUGAUUGUAGCAGUUAUUAGGGCCCUGAGGGAUGCUACAAUAAAGCGUCAAAUUAGCAAGAACUGCAGAAGACAGCCUGACGUCUGCAAGGUUCUCUGUUGGAUUGAGCCCUGGUGACUGUGGAGGCCAUUUGAGUACAGCAAACUCAUUGUCAUAUUCAAGAAAUCAGUCUGAGAUGUUUCACACUUUAUGACAUGGCGCGUUAUCUUGCUGGAAGUAGUCAUCAGAAGAUGGGUACCCUGUGGUCAUAAAGCAAUGGAGAUGAUCAGCAACAAUACUCAGAUGUUUGGUAGCAGGGCUCAUAAUUAUAUCACAGAGCCUCGUUCUAUGUGUCUACAUCUGAAGCGCCUUAGGCUGACGACCACGAAGCAAGUUAAAGACUCUCUGCUAGAAAGAAGAACAAGUAGAGGAGGAUAAAGUAAGCAAGAGAGAGAGAGAGAGACAGCGAGAGAGAGAGAGAGCAGGGGUGAAAGGGGCGUGUCUUAAGUGCCGGGACGGUGUUGGUCACCACCCAAACGCAGACCCCCACAGAACUGCUCAACCGCAGCACGCCCACUCUGUUCCACCCCUUAACCCCCUUCUCCAGGCUCUCUAUCCCCUCAUGGGCACGAUAUCAGUCAGUGCAAGAGGACCACCAUCUCAACCCUAACAGCAGUCCUCACCAUGGAUAUGAAAGAGUCGAUGAUGAUGAAUCAAGAGUACGGGGGAGAGCAGCAGAAAGUGCCGGAGUCUCAAGAGAACGGCAGGCUGGUUGUGGAUAGCGUUCCGGAGAAGGAUCAGAAAUCUGGCUCUGGGCCUGGGCAAGUCUCCAAUGGUUAUCGCAGUACAUCUCCUCAAAGCCCCAAAGAAGGUGCGGGCACUGGGACGGACAGGGUCAAUACCCCUGGAACAUUUAGGACUCUGGUGGUCCAACAGACGAGCCUUGAUCCACCUAGGGAGACCUGGAGCAAAAAGAUGGACUUCUUGUUGUCGGUCAUCGGGUAUGCAGUGGACCUGGGCAAUGUGUGGCGCUUUCCCUACAUCUGCUACCAAAAUGGAGGGGGUGCCUUUCUCUUGCCGUAUCUUCUGAUGGCUGUGUUUGGGGGUGUGCCACUGUUCUACAUGGAACUGGCUUUGGGCCAGUUUCACCGCAGUGGGUGCAUCUCCAUCUGGAAACACGUCUGCCCCAUCUUCAAGGGUAUAGGCUUUGCCAUCUGCAUUAUUGCACUCUACAUUGCCUUCUACUAUAAUACCAUAAUGGCCUGGGCCCUCUACUAUCUCCUGUCCUCUUUUCGAGCCACGUUGCCCUGGACCACCUGCAACAACCGAUGGAACACUCCCAACUGCACCCACUACCUGUCCACUGACUUAAAUGUCUCCUGGACCAACAACUCAAUCUCUCCCGCUGAAGAGUUUUAUGUCCGGCAGGUGUUGCAGGUUCAUCUAUCUCCUGGUCUUCAUCAACUGGGCUGGGUGAGCUGGCAGCUAGCCCUUUGUCUUUUGUUCAUCUUUACUGUUGUCUACUUCAGCAUCUGGAAGGGGGUCAAGACCUCUGGCAAGGUAGUUUGGGUAACGGCUACCUUCCCGUACCUGGUGUUGCUGAUCCUGUUGAUAAGAGGGGCCACCCUGCCAGGAGCAUGGAGAGGAGUUGUCUUCUACCUGAAACCUGAUUGGAAAAAACUUCUAACCACUACAGUUUGGCUUGAUGCAGCUGCACAGAUCUUCUUUUCUCUGGGUCCAGGCUUUGGUGUUCUCCUGGCCUUUGCCAGCUACAAUCCCUUUCAUAACAACUGCUACAAGGAUGCUUUGAUCACAAGCUCGGUUAACUGUUUGACCAGUUUCCUGUCAGGCUUUGUGAUUUUCACCGUACUGGGAUACAUGGCAGAGAUGCGCCAACAAGGAGUGGAGACUGUAGCCAAGGAUGCUGGUCCCAGUCUGCUCUUCAUCAUCUAUGCUGAGGCUAUUGCCAAUAUGCCAGCUGCAACAUUCUUCGCCAUCAUAUUCUUUCUCAUGAUAAUUAUGCUGGGGCUGGACAGCACGUUUGCAGGUCUGGAAGGGGUAAUUACAGCCAUGUUGGACGAGUUCCCCCACCUGUUGGCCAGGAGGAGAGAAUGGUUUGUGCUUGGCCUGGUGUGUGUCUGUUAUUUGGGUGCCCUCUCCACUCUAACCUACGGAGGUGCGUUUGUUGUUAAACUAUUUGAGGAGUACGCCACAGGCCCCGCUGUUAUCACCGUUGUCUUCCUUGAGGUUAUUGCUGUUUCCUGGUUCUAUGGGACAACACGUUUCUGCAAUGAUGUACAGCUGAUGCUUGGCUUCGCCCCUGGUCUGUUCUGGAGGGUCUGCUGGAUAGCCAUCUGUCCUUGCUUCCUAUUGUUCAUUAUUGUGAGUUUCCUGGCAUUCCCUCCUGAAGUGAAGCUGUUUGAUUACCUGUACCCUUUCUGGACCACGGUCCUUGGUUACUGUAUUGGAGUCUCUUCCUUCAUCUGUGUGCCUUCCUACAUGGUCUACCAUCUGGUCACCACUAAAGGGACCUUCCAACAGCGUCUGCUAAAGGGUAUUACCCCCGAGGCUCCAGGCUCCAGUGGCCCUCAGAGAGACACAAUUGUCAUUACCAACGCCGUGUGAUGCAUUUGGUCCUCUGCUGGACAUGUAGCACAAACACAGGGGACCCGUGGCCCCUUUAAGAGCCCCGGCCGACCUCCCUUCACACCUCACCCAAAAGGAGUCUGCUACCUGUAUUGUGUGACGGUGAGGCCAGGUCUCCAAAUACAGCCGUUGCUUCAUUUGUAUUUUUUGCCAUCCACUAUUUUUAAAUAGAUGUACACUACCGUUCAAGUUAGGGAUCAGUAAGAUCAAAUCAGUACAUUAGAAUGAUUUCUGAACACUGCUGUAAAUUCAGCCUUUCCAUCACAGGAAUAAGUUACAUUUUAAAUUACAUAAAAAAAAAUUUAUUGCAAUAAUGUUUGACAAUAUUCCUGUGCUGUUGGUUAAAUAAAUGUUGAGGCAUUUUAAAAAUCAUACCGACCCUAGUCUUUUGAACGUUAGUGUAUAGCUGUUCAUUGAAGUUCAGUUUACUUUAUGAAGAUAUACAGUUUUUAAGGGGUUGUUUUUCUACAAUCAUUUGUUUAAAUACUAUCUAAAUAUAUAAAGAUUGUUAUGGUUUUGUGACCACUUACAAGUAUAUUUUGAAACGACAUGCAUUUGCAUAAGGCCAAAAAUUACUAUGUGUUUAUUUAGUUUCUUUAUUGUUGUGACAGCAAUUCAAAGAAGCUGUUUGUGGAUGAGGGACUGAAUCCAUCAAUACUUGUGAACAUACUGUCUUUUUUCCUUUAUUUUAUUUUUUAAGAUGUGGUAAAUAUAAUUUUUUUUUUACAUUUCAGAUGUGGGAAGGGUAAAUGUUGGACUGUUACAGAGAGAAAUAUUUUUUAUGACAGAAGCAAGGACCAAAUCAUUUUAUUCAGUUUGUUUUAUUGCACAGGUGUGUUUGUGUGUGUGUGAGUGAAUGUGUGUGCAUCUUUGAUCACCAUGCCAAUAGAUAUAUAUGUAACAGAUUUGAAGUGUUUAGCCUACUUUUGGAGGAUAUGAUCUGACUGUUGGGCAUAUGUGUAUUUAUUUGUAGGACAUUUGUGGCAUUUAAUUCACAUAAUGCUUUUUUGCAACUGGAACUCUUUGUCUGCCUACCCAGUUACCACUGACAUGUAGCAUUUACAGGGAUGGGACCAAAUGUAAAAGUAUAAGAGUUGUUCUUUGAAUCAACCACUUGCAAACUUCUCAUUAGCCCCUUUUACAGACAAAUCUAAAAAGUAAAUUACUUUUCAGUAAACACAAUUGUGCUUUUCAUAUAGGCAAGUGUUCUUUUUUUAAUGUUAAUAUAACAUUCAGAAGUACAAUACAGAAACUUUGUGAUGUCAGUCUUUGCAAAAUUACCUUCAUACACUGCGCUGUUUUCUUCAUCCAUUUGGAUAAGAAAUAUGGAAUGUGAUCAAGACCAAAAAUCGUCAACUGAAAUUGUCAGUGCUGUUAAACUGCAUAUUUACAGUUGAAAUCAGAAUUAUUUGCUUCCCCUAUGAUUUUUUUUCUUUUUUAAAUAUUUACCCAAUUAUGUUUAACAGAGCAAGAAGAUUUUCACAGUAUGUCUGAUAAUAUUUUUCCUA